AGGUCCUCAGUGGCCUUCCAUCUUCAAUCCGUGGACUGGGUCCAUCCACAUGUGGCCCGGCUCCUCCUCCGGCGGACCCGGAGGGCCACCUCCUCGCCCCGGCCCGCCGCCGUCGCCGCAACACGCCCUGAUGGCCGGCGCGCCUUCGGCGUUCUACGCGCCACCACCGGCUCCAGGGGCGUUCUACCAGGCGCCCCCUCCUGCGCCGUCCCCGUGGGACCCCCACUCCCUCGCCAACGCCUUCAGCACCGUCUCCCUCACUCCGCCGCCGUCCUCCUCGGAUUGGGUGAUUGACUCGGGCGCCUCCUCUCACAUUGCCUCCAAUUCUGGAUCUCCGCACCAGGACCCCUCUUCUUCGAUGUGAUGGCUCCGGCCCCCUGUACACUCUGCAGCUUCUGUCGACACCAUCCAGCCCUUGCAUUCUCGUCGCUACUCCUUCCCCGAUCACCUGGCACCGGCGCCUCGGCCACCCUGGUGCGGCCACACUACAUCACCUCGCCAAGGACUCCUCCAUCGUCUGCAACAGCAAGGCUGACGACGCUCCCCUUUGUCAUGCUUGUCAACUUGGGCGACAUGUCUGCCUUCCUUUCACUAGCUCCUCUUCGCGGGCAUCUCAGAAUUUUGAUUUGAUACACUGUG